AUCAGUAAGUUCGGCUUCAUAAAGUAUCCGGUCUCCUUCCUUCCAGAGCUGUCUGCUCUGCGCCUACGUUCCUUCCUCGAAGUCGCAUAAACCAGGCCCGAGGCGUCUUUCCGCUGCUGAAACCACGAAUCCAGCUUGGAACAUCUGACGAGCAUCGCUCCUACAUUGUUCUAUACCGCAUCAAUCGUUUCAAUCAUAUGGCUGCAGCUGACGUACAGGCUCCGCCAGCUGAGCCUGCGCCUGCCUUACCCGACUAUGUCACCUCGCCCAACGCUGUCUUCGCUGACGAGGGAGUGGAAUGGCGCUAUGGGAAAGCGCCUGACUACAGUAAGACGCGCAAAGUAUGGGAAGAAGGCAAGAAGAUGAACCACGCAGCUGGAAGUCUUCCUCAGCUGGUAGAAAACCUCGUCAAGAACUGGGAAGUCGAAGCUUCCUUCAAGCCGCGGUUACAGGACUGGCGUACAAUCGACCACGCUAAUUACAGCUUUGCCAUGAACGGUGGGCCCGGCCAGGGUGCCGAGCACAUGCUGAAAGUCGGGACGUACAAUGCCAUCGUGGCACCCAACGAGUACUACAGUCCGGAGAACUCGGACUUCGCAUCGAGUCACAAGACGUUCAAGCGGAUGAUGCCGACGUUCGCUUGGGAGGUCAUUGAGGUCUACAGUGGUCCACCUAAGGUUGCCUUGAAGUGGCGUCACUGGGGUGUAAUGAAGAAUGACUAUGUGGGUUUCAAUGACAAGGGCGAGAAAGUCGUAGCAAAAGCACACGGCGGUCCUAUUGAGAUCUUUGGCAUCACCACAGCUACGGUUGAUGACAAGCUACGUCUUCAAGCGCUGGACACCUACUUCGACCCGCUCGACAUGUUCCGGCAGAUUGCACCGUAUGGAGUUGUCACUAAGGAGAAGAUGAAUCGCAACGUCGACUUCUCUGCGGCCAUGGACGUUGGCGCUAAUCACACGCCUGAGCAACAAGCCACUGACGGCGCGAAGAAGCCCGCUGACUUUUCCAAUGACGGUGUGAAGAUUGCAGAGCACUUCGGCAAGCCGCAACAAGACAACGAAAAGGAUGUGCAAGCGCCCGAGGCCGUAAUACAGAAGCACAUCUCGGAGAGCACUGGCAAGCCGGCAGAUGAGUUUGUGCCGCAUCAAGGAGCUGACACUGAAAAGUCAGCCGCUGCGUCUGCCCCAACGGAGCUUUCUGCGGCUCAGCAAGCCGUCGAAGCUGCCGCAACCCAUGGUGCUAACGCUGAGAUUGAGAAGCCAGCGUCGAACUACCACGAAGCCAAGAAAGAUACUGCACCGCAGGGCAUCAGCACCGACGUUCCUCGCUCCAUGUACUCCUCAUCCGUUACUGGUAACCUCGAGGAUAGAGUCCGAAUGGGCCGAACCGGCGACUUUCAGGACGAGUCGCGCCACAUCCGCGACGCGGUAGAUGAGCAUUUAGAGGGUCCCUCGGACAAGGUCCACCCUCACCCACACGACACUGAGCAGGCUGUGCAGCCACAGCCUGGUGAGGCUGUUGCUGUUCCGGCGCAGUCAGAGGAGACACGAGUAACGCAUGAGGAGAUGAGUAACAUUACGGCUGCCGAGUGCCCGUUCUUGAUGAACCGAGAGUAAGCGGGUGGACGCGCAAGGUCACCGUCCACGGCUGAGCGCGAUCUUGUGACAGGCGAUGGGAGUGCUUGGCGAUGGGAAGGCGCACGACACAUUGCGAUACUCUGGUUAGUCUAGGUGAACUGGUUCUGUACCUAUAACCAUCCAUCCCGAACGCUCUCUUGCAUCUGCUCAGUACUGGUUUGUGACCGUAUCGGCCAUCGUUAUGACUAUUCCUCAACUCGCCACUUUGCAAAGUUCGAUACGAGCGACCCAAA